UGUAUGCCUUUUUAUUUUAUAACUGUUUGCAACCUGUAUGUCAUUUUGUAAUAUUAACUGUUUUUAUAUAAUAUGUAAUUUUAUAUCAAAUGAACCGUUAUGCCUUAAAUGGAGUGUGUGUGUUAAAUGUGGUUUAACCCCUUGCUAGUUAGAAGGAAAGUGUGCCUGUUUAACCCUUUGUUGCUUGUGGGAAAGUUGAGUGUUGCCUGUAGACUAACUUGCAUUGUGUGCUGGAGUGACUGCUAGAGUGCUUAGCUAGGAAGUCUGGGGUGAUUUGCCUCUGUGAAGUGUCAGGGUGCAAUAGAACAUCUAAACUUGGGUGCUUGUGGCCCUUAAAAUGUGGUGGUGGCAGUUGUUACAUUUUGGUAGGUUGGGGCUGUUUGGUUGUCGAGAAACUGAAUAGUUGAUGUGUUAACUCUUACAGUCGCACACUUGGUCACAUAUGUCUGUGGUGGCGUUCGUGACACAUAGACAAAAGGACCACUAUUUCUGUUAUUUGAAACUUUAAGAAAACAUAAUCCUAUCCAUCCCAGCAGUUGCCUCAUAUGUUAAUAAUUCCUGCCUGCAUUAAAGUUGGUCAUUAUUCCUGCAUUUUUAACACACAUUAAACUGAUUCUGCAGGUAAAUGAAAUACAUUACAAUCACAAUAACACUGCUAUAUAUUUCCAUGUAAAUGUUUUUUCUCAAAAGCCAUACCCAAUCAUAUUCAUUUACACAAUGUUUACAAACCUUUAAGGAACAAGUACUAACAUUUCUUUAGCACUAACCCUAUAAUGUGAUUAUUCCUUUUCUCAGUAACAAUGAGUAACUCCUUUUCUCUUCAGUCCUGGGUCUUUUAUACCGACAGACUGGUCUAUUCAUGGGACCCUGGGAGGGACCAUUCUGUGCAUCAGGUUCCCUUGCCUGUGUAACAGCACAGACCUGAGCUUGCUCAUGCAUCAUUUCAGAAUCUUUAUCAACCUUAAUUUGCUUUUUAAAUAAUUUCCAUCUUUUUUACACUUUUUGGAAAAAAUGCCCCACCCGGCCGCAAAAAUGGUAGAUAUAUGCCCUUAUCUUUGCUUAAUCCGAUUGGCAUAUUUCCCUUAUCACAUGAAUGUUUGAGGAGCCUGAGUUCUGCAGUAUAAGCUGUCUCCUGUACGUAUCUAUAUGUGAGGCUGCUUUCUGAAGAGUAUCAACACUGCAAGCACAAAUAUUAGCUACAGGAUCUAGAUAUUUAAACUUGUUUACAAAAGCUUUUAUCAUUUGCUGUGUAACUUGAUCUUCUCCAAUACCCAUAACCAGUCUGUAAAUUUGCUCAAAUACAACCAGAAAUGUAAAGGGGUCAUCAUCUAUAGAGGUUUUAUGAUUAUUGAGCACCUCUAUAUCAAGCACAUUUUCACCAUUAAUUAUAUAAUUAAGCAUUAAUAGCCUGUCCCUUCUUGUGCCGUGUAUUAGAUUCCCAUCUGUAUCAGUGCCGGGAGUACUCACAGGGAUUAAUAACCUCUGGGAAAUACGUGCCGGCACCCACAGUUUUAAUGCUUUAUUCUUCUGUUCUUCACUUAAAUCAUAUCUCUCUAUAUGAGAUUCAAACAGAUCAGAAUUCAUUAAAACAUUCUUGUUUGGAUUAAAAUGUGGAAUAUUUUUCACAAUUUUUAAAACCUGUUUAUUAACUUUUAACUGCAAUUUUGCCCUGUCAUAAUGUAAGAUUAUUGUAAAAUAUUUAUAUUGUGGGUUCCUAUAUUUUAUUAAUCAAUAAUGAAACCUUUUACUCUAGUAGAGGAAACAGUCUAAUUAGCUUAGCACCUGGUUAUCUGGUCCAAACAAUAGGAGUUUCCUAAUUUGGAAAACAAAGGUACUGGUCUGGGAAAGGUGCUGUCACACCUAAACUCUAAUUAACAUUAACAAAGGGUCAAGGCCAUUGGGGCCAGCUGAAUGGAUCCCUGGUGAUAUGCAUAAUCAGUUAGUCAGGAAGGGCAGUCUUGGUGGGGACGCAGACAUGAAGACUGGAAUACCCAUAAUGGCAGACGGGUGACUUCCUGUAACUGACUGGUAUGUGCUAGCAUCAUUCAAAUAAACCAAUCAGGAGAGACUUCUAGAAAGUUCUAGAAUCCACCUAUCUCUCCUGUGUAUAAGUUGGAUUCAGUAGGGCACAAGUAGACACAGGGCCAGGAGAGGAGUGACCACCGUACCAGAUCAGAGGGAAUCCUGACAUCACGGACGAGGCACCUUAUCAAACCUAAGGAGAGGACGUUGCUUCAUGAUAAGAGUCAUCAAAACCUACUGGUUAAGUCUCUGAAGGCCACGUGGGGACAUUAUAGUAGGACACAGUGUGGAAGAAUGUGUAAGGCUGGCACAGCACAAACCCAGGCUGAGUAGGAGUGUGAGCCAACUGCAUGGAAUGAGGAUCACUGACUAAGCUCACAAUCCUUUUGAUUGGUUGGAUGUGGGAAAGGCUUCUCUGUGAUUGGCCAUGUUCUCACCCAAACAUUUGGCCAGCAAGGAGUGUGGGCAGGACUUUGAUACUUAGCCCCAGUGUCGGACUGGGUGCCAGGGGCCCACCAGAAAACCUUAGACUGUGGGCCCAGUCUCCAAACAAUUUUUCCUUCUCUCUUCACUCACAUUAUUAAUUCUCUUAAUCACUUCCCCAUACAUAUUAUUAUUUAUACUUCCUUCUCUUUAUUUUAUUUGUUCUCAUAUAGAAAUGAGGACUGACCAUGGUAAAAGCAUACAAGUAAAUUGGCUGAGUGAGCAGGAGGGUCCACUGACACCUGGGCCCACCGGGAGUUUUCUUGGUAUCCUGGAGGGCCAGUCUGAUACUGCUGAGCCCAAUCCUCUUACCGGUACUGAAUGUGGGGAAACAUCAUCUCUAACCAAAGACUGUCAGGGGCAAAGGAGAAGUUCUACAGAAGAAAAACUUUUUGUCUGUGCAGAAUGUGGAAAAACCAGUCCCCAGAACGCUAACACAGGGGAGAGAAAUAUCACUUGUGCACAAUGUAAGGAAACCCAGUCUUUCAGGAGCAGCCGUUUAACUCACUUUGUAAUACACACAGGGAAGAAACCAUUCACUUGUACAGAAUGUGGCAAAGGCUUUGCUCAAAAGAAUUACCUUGUAUCUCAUAUGAAAAUACACACAGGGGAGAAACCAUUCACUUGUACCGAAUGUGGCAAAUGCUUUGCUCAAAAGAAUUACCUUGUAGCUCAUAUGAAAAUACACACAGGGGAGAAACCUUUCACUUGUACAGAAUGUGGCAAAGGCUUUGCUCAAAAGAAUUACCUUGUAUCUCAUAUGAAAAUACACACAGGGGAGAAACCAUUCACUUGUACAGCAUGUGGCAAAGGCUUUGCUCAAAAGAAUUACCUUGUAUCUCAUAUGAAAAUACACACAGGGGAGAAACCUUUCACUUGUACAGAAUGUGGCAAAGGCUUUAUUCAAAAGCGUAGCCUUGUAUCUCAUAUGAAAAUACACACAGGGGAGAAACCAUUCACUUGUACAGAAUGUGGCAAAGGCUUUGCUCAAAAGAAUGACCUUGUAUCUCAUAUGAAAAUACACACAGGGGAGAAACCUUUCACUUGUACAGUAUGUGGCAAAGGCUUUAUUCAAAAGCGUUGCCUUGUAUCUCAUAUGAAAAUACACACAGGGGAGAAACCUUUCACUUGUACAGAAUGUGGCAAAGGCUUUACUCAAAAAAAUGUUCUUGUAUCUCAUAUCUACAUACACACAGGGGAGAAACCUUUCACUUGUACAGAAUGUGGCAAAGGCUUUGCUCAAAAGAAUGUUCUUGUAUCUCAUAUGUACAUACACACAGGGGAGAAACCUUUCACUUGUACAGAAUGUGGCAAAGGCUUUACUCAAAAGAAUAUUCUUGUAUCUCAUAUGAAAAUACACACAGGGGAGAAACCUUUCAAUUGUACAGAAUGUGGCAAAGGCUUUACUCAUAAGAAUAACCUUGCACAUCACCUAAGAAUACACACAGGGGAGAAACCAUUCACUUGCACACAAUGUGGCAAAGGCUUUACUCAAAAGAAUCACCUUGUAGCUCAUAUGAAAAUACACACAGGGGAGAAACCAUUCACUUGUAUGGAAUGUGGGGAGAAUGUGGGAUAAGCUUCCCCGAAAAGGCCAUUCUGUGCAAUCAUCAAAAAUUUCACAGUGGAAUAAAUCAUUUUGAAGGUACAGAAUGUGGGAAAUGAUUCUCUAGCUUAAGUGAAGUUAAAGGGGUGGUUCACCUUUAAGUUAACUUUUAGUAUGUUAGAGAAUGCCUUAUUCCUAACAGCUUUGCAGUAGGUCUAAAUUAUUUCAUUUUUCAUGGUGUUUCAUGGUAUUAUUGUUACUUUUUUAAUGUCUAUGUCAUACUAAAAGUUAUUUAAGCCCAUUUUACGUACAUCAUACCAUUCCCACAUGCAAAAAAAAAAGGCUGGUAACAGGCAGCCAUGAUGGGACACAAGUAUGUAAGUAAGGCUUAGGGUACCAGCUUGCUCAUUAUGGGGGACCAAACAUGGCGAGCUCUAUUAGCCCAUACCUGCAGCAGAGGAAACAAUAUGCCCCCAAUAGGUGCUCUUUAAGAUCUUUUAACAUUUUUACUGCCAGCCAUUUUGGUUAAAGUGGACCUUGUAUUGCCAGACAGUUUUUUAACAUUUUUCACUUUAGUGGCCUUUCCUCGGGGGGGGAUUUUACCCAGGAAAAAAAUAUAAUUUUUUCAGGACAACCAAAGUUUUCAAAAUAUGGUAGAAUUUUUGUGUAAUUCCAAUUCUGUAACAAGAUAUAGGCUUCUAAAUGUCUAACAAUAAAAAAAUAAAUUUUUCCAUAAUAUAAACACA